AUGCUGUUGACGAUGAGCGGCUGUGUCAUUCAAAAGAUAUUGCUUCUGGCACUCUUCGCCGUGGACACUGCGCAGGCAAGCAGCUGGACGCAACUGACUCCAAGUGGCACCGCACCGUCCAGCAGGCACGCCUUCGGGAUGGUGUGGAGCCAGGGCUAUGACUCGGUGUACAUCUUCGGCGGACGGGAGAACGACGGCGUCGGUCGCCUGAACGACCUUUACCGAUACAGCAGUUCUGCCAACAACUGGACAUUGCUGAGCCCCGGUGGCUCUCCGCCCACCGGACGGAGCAGCUUUGGCAUCGCAAGUGACGACGCCAAUGACUUGUUUUACGUCUUCGGCGGAGAGGGCGUCACAGUCGGAAGCGAUCUUCACCAAUACAACAUCGCGGGCAACAGCUGGACUCAGCCGACUUCAAGUGGCUCCACGCCAUCGCUCCGACGCGGCCAUGGGAUGGUGUGGAGCCACAGCGAUGACUCGAUUUACAUCUUCGGCGGAUACUACAGCAGCUCAUGGACCCUCAUGAACGACCUUUACCGGUAUGACACUUCUGCGAGCCAUUGGACGACGUUGAACCCGGGCGGCUCUUUGCCGACCGGGCGGGGGUUCCUGGCCAUGGCAUCAUGCAAUAGUUCUCUCUACGUCUUCGGCGGUCAUGGUAGCAGCAUCCCUCUAAGCGACUUCUACCGCUACGACAUCUUAGCGAAUGAUUGGACGGAGCUGAGUCCGACCGGCUCCCAGCCCUCUCGACGCUAUGGGCACAGCAUGGCUUGCCGAGAAAUGGACAUUUCGCUUUAUGUCUUCGGCGGCCAUGACGGAGGCCCGCAAGAGAUGCUGAACGACUUCUACAGAUACGACGUGGUGGCGAAUGAGUGGACCAUGCUCAGUGCCGCGGGAUCCGCGGCGGCUGCCUCAGCUCGGAGAGGCGAGCGAGGUGUCCGAGAAGCAGCUGAAUGCUGA